AUGAACCCGAUCUGGAUUCGGAGGGUUUACCUCCAUCUGUUAGACGGUAUGUCUAUGAAGGAAAAGAUCAAUUUUUUUCGAAUACUUCGCCUUGAACGCGAACGUCUGCUCGAUUCAAUGCGCAAUUCUCGUGAUACUACCGAUAUCGAUACAGCAUCUAGCAGGAAUGACCCAGAUCCAACGAUUGAGAUCACCGAAUACAUUCUCCUUUCAAUAAAUCCUACCACUUUUCACCAGGAUCUCCUCGGACCGGACGCUACCCCUAUUCAUUCAAUCCGAACGUCUUUCAACCCGAACACCGGAUUACUUGUCGCCAAGACGGUCACUAGUGAGCACACUCAAAUUGGCUGCGCCGUCGAUAAGGCAAUCGACAAGGCCCUGGAGCGCAUGGGCCUUGAUGAAGCCGUCCGUCAUUAUCACAAUGUCGACAUCGAUGUCAAUGAUCGAAUCAAACGGGUAGAUAUGGGCUGGGGGCCAAGAAGACCCCCUAGUGGUUGUCCUAAGCGGCCCACGGUGAUCCUCGAAGUCGCUGUAUAA